CAUGGAUGACUUGACUGUUGCUUAAAGACUGAGCCAGUGGUCUGGGCGAGCGCCAGCCAGCAGCUCUGAACUGUGGGUGUGGGUAUGAGAGGAAAUCGGAUGUGUUAACCUGGUAGUCAGCCGGUGAACAGGCCGCCGCACAGCUGUAUCCAUCUGAGCGGGACUGAACAACCGGUUGCUGUUGCUACCUAGCCGGCAAAACCCAAACCCGCUGACUUCACCAGUUUAAACGGGACGAGUAGUGUGUUGGGGGGCAAAGAGGGGCCUCUGGCUCGUACGACUCGGUUUACAGCUGCCCUGGAGAGCUUAGCACACAGGUUCAUUUUGCGGAGCAACAUCCUGCUGCGAUGGACAACCUGAGUGAAGCCCUGGAGAAGCUGAAACUAGCAUCAACAGACUGCGCCAAUGACAGCGUGGAAGGCUGUCUGGACUGCCUGCUCAAAGCACUCGCCAACAAAAACACAGAGGCCAGUAUGAAGAUCCGGGAGAUGGGCGUUCUCCCCUUGCUCCCCACACUGCUGAGCCCCCAGUCAUCCUGCACUCCUAAAGUAGCCAAUGUGAUAGCUGAGGUGGCCAAAAAUGAGUUUAUGCGGAGCUCUUGUGUGGAAGCUGGCCUCAUCCCUCCUCUAAUUCAACUGUUAAACUCCACCGACCAGGAGGUUUUACUGCAGACCGGCCGAGCUCUUGGCAACAUCUGUUAUGACAGCCAUGAGGGCAGGAGAGCAGUUGACCUGGCAGGAGGGGCUCAGAUAGUAGCUGAACACAUUAAAUCCCUCUACCAAAAUACUGAGCCGGAAAAUGAGAAGCUCUUGACUGUCUUUUGUGGCAUGCUGAUGAACUAUAGCAAUGAUAAUGAUUCUUUACAAGCCCAGCUCAUCAAUAUGGGUGUGAUUCCCACUCUGGUAAAGCUGCUAGGCCUCCAUUCCCACAAUACAGCCCUCACAGAGAUGUGUCUAAUUGCCUUUGGGAAUUUGGCCGAACUCGAGUCCAGCAAAGAGCAGUUUGCCACCACCAAUAUUGCUGAGGAGCUGGUGUGUCUUUUCCAGAAGCAGACAGAGCACGAGAAGAAGGAAAUGAUUUUUGAGGUCCUGGCUCCACUUGCGGAAAACGAUGUGAUAAAGCUGCAGCUGGUGGAGGCCGGCUUGGUGGAGUCUCUGCUGGAGGUGGUGGCUCAGACAGUAGACGGAGAGAGGGAGGAGGACAUCGCCCAACUCAAGACCGCCUCCGACCUCAUGGUUCUCCUGCUGCUGGGAGGUGAACACCAGGGUUUGACUGAUGCACCGGGCCAAUAUGAGUCCAUGCAGAAGCUGUUUGAGGGAGGAAAGGGCAGUGUCUUCCAGAGGGUCCUGUCCUGGAUACCAUCGCACAACCAUCAGCUGCAGCUGGCGGGGGCUCUGGCCAUCGCCAACUUUGCUCGCAACGACGGGAACUGCAUCCACAUGGUGGACACUGGUAUCGUGCAGAAGCUUCUGGAGCUGUUGGAUCGCCACGUAGAGGAAGGCAACGUCACUGUCCAACACGCCGCUCUCAGCGCCCUGCGGAACCUGGCCAUACCUGUGGUUAACAAAUCCAAGAUGCUGUCAGCGGGCGUAGCAGACGUGGUACUGAAGUUUUUGCAAUCAGAGAUGCCUCCAGUCCAGUUUAAACUUUUGGGAACAUUACGUAUGCUCAUCGAUACACAAGCUGAGGCUGCAGACCAGUUGGGAACCAAUGGGAAGCUGGUGGAAAGACUGGUGGAGUGGUGCGAAGCCAAAGAUCACGCAGGAGUGAUGGGCGAGUCCAAUAGGCUCCUGUCUGCUCUCAUUCGACACAGCAAGUCUAAGGAAGUUGUCAGAACUGUCAUCCUGGGAGGGGGAGUCAAGCACUUAGUUACCAUGGCAACCAGUGAGCAUAUGAUUAUGCAGAAUGAAGCACUGGUGGCUUUGGGACUCAUAGCGGCACUGGAUUUGGUUGCAGCUGAGAAGGACUUUGUUGGAGCCAACCUGGUGUCAGUGCUGCACAAGCUGCUUUCAGAUGAGAGGAGUGCUCCAGAGAUCAAAUACAACUCCAUGAUCCUCAUCUGUGCAGUCAUGGGCUCAGAGCCGCUUCACAAAGAAGUCCAGAGCCUGGCCUUCAUCGACGUGGUGUCCAAGCUGAGGGCUCAUGAAAACAAGACGGUAUCACACCAGGCAUCGCUCACAGAGCAGCGGUUAACCGCCCAGAGCUAAAUGACUGUGUCCAAGGCCCCACACCCUCACAACACCCACCUAAAUGCCUGCCUGACCACGUAAUUACCCAACGACACCCCAUGACUGCUCUCCUCUGUGCCCCAUUGUCAUGUGCCAAGGUACCAUGUCGCGUUUACUGCCAGCCAGACAUACCUAUAUGUCUCCACCCUCGACCCUCUGCCCCGCCCACCUCCACAAGGGCCAGACUGAUGUGGGUUUUAGAACGCCAGCACUUUCUGCUUUUGUUCAAAUCAUAAAUUUAUAUAAUAUAUCAUUUUUAUUUUAAAUGACAAGAAUGAGAGAAUGCCUCUGAAACUGUUGUUUAAAAACAGUUUCAGAGGCAUUCUCUCAUUCUGGGGACACCAAAUUUUUCCUCUAAAAGCCAUAACAAUUAGAUUUAUUAAGGUGGGUUAGCAGGUCUUUAAGGCAGGCUUUCAUUUUAGGCUUCAGAGUCUGACACCGUUUAAAGCUCAACUGAGUGAUAUUUUUUAGAGGUCAGCACCACUGACUUACUGGUAUAUUUUUUUUAAUGGAAGCAUCAGUCUACCCCUUGUCCCCACCUCUACUUGUGCAUGCAUCUUCUGCUACAAGUAGCUCCACAUGAGCUGAGGCGCCAUAGACAGCCUGACGCAAUAGAUUAAGAGACGACACUCUUUUACGACCAUAGCUGUGAUCCCAUCCGCCGGUAAACCCAUCAGUGAAAAUGUGCACAAAAGAACAAAAAAAACUUACUGUUGUGAUUUUUAUUUUAUUUUUAAGAAAAAUCAGCCAUCCAUGACAUGCCCAGUUGUGUCCCAUGUAGCUUAAACGCUGACUAGAAACUGCAUGUUUUAGUCCUGUUGAAGGUGUGCCAGUGUUCAUUUUACCUCUACCGCUUGCAUACCCCAGAGUACAGCCUGCUCCUCUACUCACAACUGCAGUCUUGUUUUUGCAACUUGUUCUUUGAGACUUGGUUCAAGAGAUUUUAUUCAGAUAUUUUAAUCCAUUUAUAAUAUCUCCUCCACACUCCCCCCCCCCGGGCCAACUACUCUACAGUGAAAGUUCAGAGGCUCCAAACGUUUCCAUCCCAUAGCUGAAAGAGAAUCAGGGAAGAACAAGGUGAAACACAUACAGUGAAGAACACAUCUGUAGUCAGGUCGACCUUUGUUAGCUGAAAUCACUUUUCAAAAAAAUUACAAAGUAACAAGUAUGUGAUUUAGCCUGACAGAAAUAUCUGUUACAUUAAAAGUCAAUACAAUGCAUGAAUAAAAAUUGGCACAAGAUGGUAGAGCCCUCCCUGGGCCAGACUAAAUCAUGACAGUUUUCUGCCACUUUAUACGCCGUUGAGAAAAUUGGCUCCAAUCAAUACAUCACAGUUAGACACUUUGCAAAGCCAAUUUUCUACAGGUAAAAGUUCUAUAGUUUGUGGCGCUGUGACAAUAAUCUAUUAAGAAAUAUAUUUAUUUUUUAGAUUUCAGGAGAUAGAGCUUCAGGGAGUGAAACUUGAUGCUGGACUUAGCCUGUUGUUCUAACUUCUUUGUCAGAAAAUCAGAGGGUGAUGAAAUGAGGCAGCCACCAUUCCACUAAGGGUGGGGUUUGUACUUGUGUGUCUGUGAAUGAACAGCGCGUUCUAUGGUAGCAUGGAGCAAAAUCUUGGAUAUUAUGUGAACAGGUAACUGAAUGCUGUUGGAAUCCCCCCCACAUAUCCACCACUGCCACCGAUCCCCCAAGAGGACAUGUCUCUCUCGUGUGACUGUUGGCUCUUCUGGUCAAAGGGAUUUCUGCUAACACGCACAUCUCAGCAUGUCCGACACUGUACCGACACCCUGUUAACAUGCCAAGGUGUGUUUCCUGGUCUGGGCCCAUACUUUUUUUUUUUUAAGUAUGAAUGGUUAUUUAUCAGAUUUGUGCUGUUCUGAAGUCACAUGCCAGUGGAGAUGUAUCCAUAGUAACUGCGAAAAAAUUAUAAACUUAAAUGUUUGUUGUAAAUGUCAUGAGUUGUACAUUUGGAGGAUUGUAACUCAGCAGAUAAUUAAAAGAUGAUAGCUGGUCA